UUUAAUUCGAAACGUUGGCAAGAAAACAAUUGUUUCUUUGAGAAAAAAUUUAUCCUGUUACCCAACCAAUCAUUCUUCAGAUAAACUAUUAAUGUGUAUUUUUACUGAUACAGGUAAAUCUGAGAAGGGCAAGGUGAAUAUCCAGCAAGACGUGGUGUUGGUGCAGGGAUUAGAGCUACCAGAGAAUAUCGUGGACUCCCUAACGGAAUUCCAUGUAGAACCCUCCCACAGCCUCCUUCCUGAAGAAGCUGUGAUGGUGACGAUUCCAAGACCUGGAGGUGGCAGAAUGGAGGUUGUUCGUUCAUCCACUCCCUCUUCUGAAAUGAGCAGCACCAGCAAAGAUGCGGAGAAGGGCUCGAAGAG